CUGAAAUCCUCCGCUGGCAUGCGCCUUUCUCUUUCAUGUACGUCGCCCUAUGUCGCCCUUGUGGCCAGUUGUGGACAUGGAUUGACUACGGGCUCGCACCUCGUGGAUUGACGGCAGAACCACCCCUUCGCGUCCAACCGCGUCCCGCUCCGGGCGCAGGCCGGUAGCUCCACGGUGCAGGACUUGAGCCUCUCUAUUCACAGGAAAGCUGUUUCUCCGGUUGCGUCGGGAACAACUUUACCGACACGGUGGUGAUGGUAAGGCGUCCUCGGUCUCAUGUCUACUCCAUGUACCAGGCAGACCGGUGAACUUUACAGAGAGGUUUUGAGUAAACUACAAGCAAUCCCCGGGCAGAAAAAUCAUCAUCUCGGCAACUUCACUGGAUGGGUGAACGAAUGGCGCGACCGGCCACGCUUCGGUCACCUGGGUGGUAGACUGGGUGCUUGUGAAGAUUCUGUCCCUACAACCUGCAGACCGAUCCGGCUGGUAUGCGACAGAUCAUCGCCUUAUCCAUCCGAUCCGGUGGUGUGAGAUACUGCUAUGGCGACCCUGGCGACCCACGGGGCCAUGAGGAAUUUAAAUGCCGCAACAGCACUGGGGGUGACAGAAGCAUACCAUGAGUCCGUGUGCCUGUUCCACGCACAUUUCCUGAACUCGCUUCCGGCCCAUUGCAAGUGCCAGAACCCAGAGGUUUGGGUUUCUUACGUGGCCACCGAUGCAGCGUAUGGAGUGAGCUACGGCAGAAGCAUUGACGAUAUGCCUGAAGAGGUCCUUGAGAAAGUGGAUGCGAUGACACUUGAUCGAGCAGCGGUGAAGCGCUUCAUGGCUGAUGUACAGAAAGUAGAGGAUCAGUUCGGAUCAAAGAUCCUGUGUGAUGGAUAGCUAUCAGAGCUGAAUCAAACUUGCCGGGUGACUGUCCAAAAGGGAUGGCAAUGCCUUGUGGCACUGACAUUCAAGUGUUUAUUAAGAGAGAGGUUGUGGUCAUGAGGCGGCACUGGAUAGUUUAUGCCACUUGCAGCAGUUUGAUUUGGUAUGGGGGCCCUUCUGCCAUGGCAGAUCAUGGCAGCAAGUUUUGAGAUUUUUUCUGGAUGCCAGGUUUGAGUUGGUCAAUAAGCUUCUGCAUUCAGUUUCAUGAAGAAUGCUGCGCGGAAGACCCGCCCACAGAAUCGCUUUGGCCAGUUGGAUGCCACACCAGGCUUCGGUUCAAGGAACUUCCCGGUGAGAAAACAAGAGAUGUUAAC